AGCUGUGAUGGACAGAGACUUGCAGCUGGCCAGCAAACUGUGUCGGAUGAUUCUAAUCUAUGAACCAGACAAUCCUGAGGCCUCUGAGUUUCUCCCGCUGAUCCAGAAGAAGCUGUCACAGGAGCAAGAGACAGGGCAGGGCACUGAGAAGGAAGAUGCUGACGGGGAUAAUGAAGCUGAGGAAACAUCUCCAAGCUCAGGCUCAUCAUCAGAUGAUGAUGAGCCUGAAGAAAAGCAAGUAAACAGACACAAGUCUUGUCCUCCUUCUCACAUUCAUCCUUAGUCAUUGUACCAAUACAACUGAAUGUGAG